GCGCUACAACAAAAAUAUACAUUUGGCAGCAGAGAGAGAUAUUUUAUAUUGAGAAAUCUGUCAAUAUUUCAAUCUCGCGGGAUAAUGUUCCUGCAGCAAUAUGUCUCCAUAUUAAACAUUUUUCCGCGCUGUCAUAGCUCUUUUACUGUCUGCGUAAAAUUGCAAGACGCAUUUCCGAGUAUAAUUGACGAGUGACGACGAGUAAUUAACAUUAUCGUCCAUCCACGGAUGUCGAGGAACGUCGAUGGACAAGAAGGCGCAUCAUGCUGGUUCAGCGUGAGGUUCAAGUAUAUUAUAAUACAUGCAUAGAUAUACGUAUAUUCGGUGAGAUCCAGUCAGGUGGCGGUUCGACCAGGUGGGUCAAGUGGUGGGGCAAUGUGCUCAACGAUGCGGACGGGGGAGACGUUACAACAGUACACCUCUGGAGGGGAAAGUCGCCAGGUCGAUCGGUUUCUGCUCAGUGCGCGCGGCUGACAAACGCGCGGACCAUCUUCGGGUUUGGUUCGCAUUGUCGAUUACGAUCGUUCGUAGUUGUGUCGCAUUAAAUUACGCCAGCAUAAUCGAUCACACAUCAGUCGGUUAAGGUGUUCAAGUCUCAAGCGACUGUGCGGCAACGCGAUUUUGGAGGUCGCUCGAGCAGUCGCGUCGAUCGAUACCGAAGCAGUGUGAGAGACUGUACAUGCGGAUGACAAUAUAAUUAUUGAAAAUGUCAGUGAUAAGAUAGUGAUGAAGUGCGAUAAUGUUAUCGCGUGAAUUCCAACGUUGACACUCAUUAUAUUUUCAAGUCAAAGUUGUCGAUGGAAGAAUGGAUCGCUCGAGAUCUUUACGCAUAGUAGAAGCUGAACGCGCGACGACGAAUCGGAUACACGUCGCGCCGAGGAAAAUCGUGUGAUUCGGUCCUGGGAAAACAUUCUCUUCGAUAUAUCGACACGGUGAACACGUGGUGAUCCACCGCAAUUCUCUCCGCACAAUGUUUUUUUUUUUUUUUUUUUUUUCUACAAAGUGAACGUGGAACGAAUGAGCGAAGUGACGGCGCGUUGUAAAACUCGCCGCUUCGAAUCGAUCGUCGGAUCGCCGUAAAGACUAUUUUACGUGAAUUUGUGAAACCGGACAUUCAGUGUCGCAAUUAUCGUGACUUUCCAUUCGGGUGGCCUUGUUCCGCGCGACGACAGACAAUUCGCGAAUCGCGGUCCGCAUAGAACUCGCCUCGUUUUUGCUGCCGCGGGAAUGUAAAUGUGCGCGAUCGUGGUGAAUAUUACUGGGAGAGAAUAUACACAAUAUCGGAAGAAACCUGCGUGUGGCGAUAGCCGCGCUCUCCGAUCGAUAGCGCAGCGAACUUCCGCGAUCGAUAUCUUCGGAAGUUCGCAGGUGCGUUGUACUCGUCGUUAUUGUUGUUGACAGUGAUGCCGCGCACAGCGUUGUUGAAUCGUCGGUCUGUUCGUUCGCACGCGCGCGCGUAUCGCAUCGAGUGCAAUGUCACGUCGGCUUGCAAUCGCUUCCGGUAGCGGUCGAGCGCGCGUAAUUUUCUACACAAAAAAGAAAAAAACCAAACUCGCAAGUGACUCAUCGUGAAAAAAAUACCUGUCUUCCUGUUGUCCGGCUUGCAGGCGCGCUAUAGAAGUGAAAACCGGAAAUUUUAAUUGAUUUUGUCUCAAUCAAUGGCACCCGAUAGCCCAACGCUGUUCGCUCGUUAUCGCAGCGCGUCGACUUUAAUAACGUGCUGACGCGCGUAAUUCUCAAAGUGUUUCACCUGACGUACGUUUAUUCGCGCGUACGUCAGGCCAUUUCCGAAUUCUUAUCGAUCGAAAUUUGAUUUGAUUUGUGACGUUCGCCGGGUGAGCGAGAGAGAGAGAGAGAGAGACGUUCGCGAUGCUGCCGAAAAAAGACAGUCAGACGAGGCCGUACGCUCUCGAGGACAUGAUAUCCGAUCUCCAGACGAGGCGACACUCGCUGGAACACGAGGACACCGUGCAGGAUCCCGCCGAGCUCCUUAAGCAACGCGAGAGGGAUCUCGUCCUGGCCGCCGAACUCGGCAAGGCUCUGCUCGAGAGGAACCAGGAGCUGACGAAGCAGGCCGAGACCUUAGCCGAGGAAUAUUCCGUCAAAUUGGAAAGCUUGGAACAGGAGAGGCAUCUGCUGCGAAGGAGACUCGAGGAGGCCAGGGACGAGAGCGAGGCGCGGGCUCUGGAGCUUCAGGCCGACAUCGAGACCCUGAGGAGUCAGCUGGAGGAGCAAAAUGAAAGAGCAAGGAGAGCGGAACGCGAUCAGGCCACGCUCGUCGCUGACUUGACGGCGCAAAACACGCGGCUGGCCGAUCAGCUGAGAGAGGCCGCCAAACAGGAAGAGCAGUUGCUCGUGGAGGUGAAGGUGCUGCGGGAAAAAUGCGCUCUCAGGAACACCACCCUGCAGGAUCACGUCAGCAGUCUGGAAAUUCUCCGAGACGAAGUACAACUGGUGUCGGCACAAAGAACCGAGUUGGAAAGGCGGUCGUUGGAGCUGCGGGAGGAGAGGGCCAGGGCGAUCGCGGCCCUCGAGGAAGCCGAGGAGAGAGCCACGGCCUUGGAGCGACUCGGUCACGAAGCGGAACACCGUGCGAGACUGGCCGAGCAGGAGAGAGACGAGCUGGCGUCAGCGUUGGCGGUGAUCGAGGCGGAAAGAAGAGUCAGGUCGGGAUCUAUACAGAGACCGCCGAGGUCGUUGCAGGCGGAGAUGGAGUGCGAGGAGAGCGGCACCUCAUUGGGAGAUCAGGACGACGGAGGUCUCAGGACGGAAGUGACCAAGGCGACGAAUCGGCUGCGAGAGCUGUGCGCGCAUCUGAGACGUGGCGAGGACGACUCGGGGUUGCAGAGCGACUGCGACGAGUCCAUGCUCGUCAUCAAUCUCAACAAUUCCGAAGCCGAGGUCAACACAAAUGAGCGCGAAACUCGUUCUUCGCCGACAAACUGUCCGGGCGCGCUGCUGGAACUGGUCGAGGAGGUGUACAAUCUCGCGCUGUCGGGCAGAGGAGCACCGGGCGAACUGGGACUGGCGGUGGAGCUGCACCGAGUCCGGGAAGAGUCGGAGCACCUGCGGGAGCAGUGCAAGGUACAGGAAGAGGAGCUGAAGCGACGCGGUGACGCGAUUCUGGAGCUGACGAGCAAGCUGAGCGUCUGCGAGGCCGAACUACGCGGCGUCAAGGAGGAACGCGACCGGGCCAGGUGCGACAUCGAGCACUCCGAGCUGACGAAAGACGAGAUCGUGGCGAAGGCGUACAAGGUCCGGGACCAGGCGGUGGCCAGGCAGAACAGGGUGGAGGUGGAACUGGCCAGGACGAGGAUAGACAUUCUCCAGGCGGACAGUCAGCUGAAGGAGGCGAUCAAGCAGAAGGUCGAGUUGAGUCAGCAGCUCGAGCAGUGGCAGAUGGACAUGCAGGCGCUUCUCGACGAGCAUGUGCGCAGCAAGCUGACCCCGUCCUCUCAAUUAAUCGACGCGAAGAACGGCGAGAACUCGGACAUGUCGGCGCCGGCCAGGAAGAAGAGGAGCACCGGCUCGAAGAAGAUGUUCGGCUUUUUCUGACGAAAGUGACGCAGCGCGAUGGCUUCACUUCGUUGAGCGCGAUCGCGACUGACUGUUCCGACGUUCCUGACGGCACGAACUCUCGAGUGUAUUCACUUUUUCUAAAGACUGUCUAGCGUAUGGAGAACUGAGGUGAUUUUUGUCGGAUUUAACAUUCGACAAGAUUCAAACUUGUUCCAAAUGACACACACACUUUUUUUUGUUUAAGACGAAAGUUCUCUGAACUGAUUUUGAAUUUUUUGUAGGCUUGUAAAAUACUUUGUAUGUAAUUUGACCAAGAGGUGUUGCAUGUAAGCUCUCGAACUCUUGCGAAUAUAUCGAACUUUGCACGUAAUGCGCGCGUAAAAUGUUCGAGUUGCUUGUAACGAGAUUUCCGCCGCGGGGAGUCUAAUUGCAAGUGCCCGUGUCGAAACCGCGACUGAUAAUUCGAAUUUAAAUGGCGCGAAUGUUCGCGUAAUAAGAAAAAAAAAAAUGUGCGAAACACGCACCGAGACUUUCUACGAUUCCUCCACCGGGGAAAGUUACGCGCAACGUGUGCAUUCUUCUUUAAAUCUUUUCACGAGUGCAAGUUGAUUUUCUUUUACAACGAUGAUCAAGAAAAACGCAUCUUUCCAUCUCUUCGUCUCGACUGGAUCCAGUUGUUGCUCGUUAUUUUUUUUUUUGCACGGUUCUGCGAUGCAACUCGAUAUAACUGUCAUUAUUAGUUCGUUUGAAUUUGUAGACCGCUCGUGUAAAAAAAAUCUUAAUGGCACAAAAUUGCGUCGCGUCGUCGAUGCAGUCGAUAAUGAAGUUGAUGAAGACAAGCAACUUCGUCUUGCAGACAAAAGGAAAGUUAUCGCGUCGAUGUUAGCCCCGAGAAAUUUCCCGACGGAAUUUGACAAAUAUCUUUUUCUUUAACUGGAAAUUUUUUUGCUCAAAAAUUUUGUAAAAUGUGUUUUCGACCUUUAACUUUGUUCCCCAAAUAUAUAAAUUGCGCAGUUUUUUUGUGGUUUUUGAAAAUUUACGAAAUCGUCGACUAAUGAAAUUUCACUCGAAAUAUAAUCGUUCGAGGGGGUUCACUUCUCGAAAAUCGAUCGCCUAAGAGUUUUUUCAGACAAGUACAAUUCCUACGAGCUUGAAACGAUCGCACAUCGAAUUAUCCGCGACCGUGAUUACUUAUCAUCAUCCGUCCAUCGUUUUGUCCGACAGGACCAACGAAUUACCUGCGAUACAACGAAAAAAAACGUUGAAUUUCGGAGUUGAAAAAAAAAAAAAAAAAAACAUUCGAUCGCGAUAUUUGAUAGUAUAAAUAUCAACGUUUGUGUUUCGGCGUGUGACUUUAGAAGUGAUACUAUACGAAUACACAUUUCGUGCGUGCGUCACACUUGCGUAGGGAAAAUCGUCUGUACAUAAAAAUUAGUAUUUUUCCGAAACGAGCGUACACACACAAACGCGAGGCUGUAUAAUUGUACAAUAAAAUUGUUUUUUUUUUGUUUUCUCUCCCUCUCUUAUAACUGGCAAUUGUAUAAUUCUCGAUCUGAUCAGUUACAAGGACGAUAUUUAUUUAAUAAAAAUCUGUUUUACGAAAUCAUCACAUUUCGCACUUUCUGUCUUCAUCGACCUUUUUUCGAAUCACGUUUUAGUAUUUAUUUAUUUCUAACUGAUAAUUUUAAGCGAUUUGCAAUUAUUUGCUUGAUCCACCGUAUAUUUUGCUCGUCUCUUUUCUUGUUGCAUAAAUGUUUUGUUUUUCUUUGCAAAGUGGGAGUAACGAGACACGUGAAAAGAAACAAAUAGGCAUUUAUUCACAAGAGGCAGGUGUAGUUACAGUAGUUCUUCAUUUCUAGCUUUUACAUAUAUAUGUAUAUAUAUAUGUACGUAUGUAUAUACAUGUAUAUAUACACAUAUAUGUAUUUAUAAUAGUAUCUCGUAACACCCCCCGACUCGUUAUUACUCAAUCGGUCCAACUACGCGAUACAAAUAGGCAAUGAACAAUAGGGGCAGGUGCAUACAAAGUGUGUUUAUUCUCUCGCACACAAAACAACGCGCCUUAAUUUUUUAUUUGUGUAUGUGUGUGUGUCCGUGUGUACAUGUGUAUGUGUGUGUGUGUGUGUGUGCUUUGUUUAUUCUGUUUUUCUCUGUAUGUAGUUUUUGUUUGUUUGUUUGUUUGUUUGUUUUUUCAUAUAUUUCAUUCUCUCAACGACAGCGGGAUUCCACUUAACAAUAUUCCUGUGUACACGUGUGCAUAUCUUGCGUUCAGAUAGAAUCUCGCUGCUCCGAUGAUCGCAAUUCGCGGUGUUCCGAUCGCGGCAAAUUGCAAAUUUGUGAACCGCGGACGCAAAAACUCGUGUAAAAAAACGGGCGUUUUCCGUCUCGCUGCUCCCUAAAAAAGCGCAUCUUCUUCUCGCUCUCCCCGCCCUCAUAUCGUCUCGGGAGAUGAUCGAUUUCUCGGGCGACGACACUCGGGCGAGAGAGCGUCGUUCGGGAGAGAGUAUAACGUCCGGUGCGGGUAAGUAGCGCUCGACUAACCCUCAGAACACCAUCGUGAAUGUGCCGCACUCAGACUCUUCUUUUUCUCUUUAAAUAUAUACAUCUGGUAGUUUUCAAUUUUUAAAGUGUUUCGUAAAUAUGUCACUGUGAGAGUAAACGUAUAAGAUUAUUUUUUUCUUGCAUUUUGUAAAACAAAAAGAUGUCCGAGUAUCAGCGUACACGGAUGAAAUUAACGGCACAUUAAGGGAUGGUGUUCCAAACACCGACACUGCGAUUCAAAUGCCAAUCGAUCGCUUUCUGGACACGAUUUCAAUUUUUUUUUUUUUUUUUUUUUCGAAUCCUCGUUUAAUCGACAAGAAAAAACUUUGCGCUCUGUGCAGCCAAAGCCAACUUACCCGCCGCUCUCUCCCGUCUGCAAAACUCGGUGGUAACAAUUAUUUGUGAUAUAGAUUACGACAAUACGACAAAAUGGCGGCUCUUUAAAUUUGUUUCUUUAUACGUGACGCGAUAAUGAUCAUGACAACAAUGAGAGGCGGUUUUAUUUAGCGACGAUAAAAUGCGAAUACUAAUCAAUAGAGUCGAUCAAGCCAAUAAAUAAUAUAUAUAAAUGACGCGAGUCGUCUCGUGAAUGCGAGGUACUGUCCUCCACGUGGCGAAAAAAAAACGACAAUAAUCAAUAGAGCAAGUUACAAAGUUACAGAGAAACAAUUGGAAAAAGUAACGUACCAGAAAGAGAAAAAGAAAAAGAGAGAGAAAGAAGUAGAAGAGAGAGACAGAGAUAGAGAGAAAGAGAUAGAGAAAGAGAGAGAGAGACAUUAUAAUUAUCAAUAAAGCAUCGUGUUUUUUUUUUUGUGCAGAACAACUCUUCUAUCAGCAGAUUCACAUUCCUUCUUCGUUUAAAGGGUUAUUACAUGUCACGGUAAAUACAAGUAAAGUUUCGCUAUGCUAUGUCAAUUAUAAAUGGCCCUUGUGUGUUUCAACCACCUGUGUGAACACAACCUCCUCCCCUCCUUCCCCUUCCCUUCCCUUCCUAGGCUCCGAUCCACCCUCUCUCGUUUGAGAUUUAUUCGCCUCGUGACGACGCAUUUUUUUUUUUAUUUUUUUAACAUCUAUAUAAAGUGACAGUUAAGCUACGCGCAAUUUGUGAGUAUGUAACGUUUUUCUUUUCGCACGCGCACGCGCGCGCGCGCGUUGUUACAUUACGCUGUUAUCUACUUGGGAAGGUAUGCGUGCGCGUGUAAAUGUUUAUGUGUGCGUGUGUGUGUGUGUGUAUGUGUGUAUGUAUGUAGGAAAGGUGAGAACGUGUAAUAAACACGUGCGGUGCGAUGCGAUGAUGUGUGAAGGAGGAGUGUGUGUAAGUGUACGUGUGUCAUCUUGAACUCAAUUAGCUUCGCGCGGCCUUAUUUUCCCUACACGUGUACACCUAUCGUAUUUACAUCCACGCCGUGUAUAUUAAACUCUCGUUUCGCGCGCUCGCUUCCUCGUUACGUGUCUUCCAGAAGGAACGAGCGAGUUAGAUAUACGAACGAAAAAUUCGCGCCGCAACAUCCGAUCGUUUUCGUAAUUCUCGAAAGAGCAAAAAUUCAAUUUUGAUAGUAGUAAAGCAAACACUUCUGGCGCUAUUGAGAGAGAAAGAGUUCUUUCAAUUUUUUUUAUGCACUUCGGAAAUUACUUCUGGAUUUUUUUCACCGUGCGCGAUUCAACUCAACUUCUCGCUCGUUCGCUUUCUCGCGCGACUAUCGAAAGUAAAUGAUUUUUCGCAGAAAACUAAAACGAAAGGAAAAUUCCGACGACGAUGAUGUGAUGACAGAUAAAUAUCCUCUCGCGGCGAACUAUUUACAUAAUAAUAUUAUAAUAAUAUAAUAAUGAUGAUAAUGAUUGAUAAUCGCCUUCCUUUUUCCGAUCGAUAUAUACUCAUGCAUACUCACCCUUUCACGCACACUCUUCCGCAACGCUCUAUUAAUAUCAUCUCGCCUCCAUUCUUUCCUCGCUUCUCUCAAAUGUUUCUUUGUUUUCUCUUUUUUUUUUUUUUUUUUAUUUAAAACGCUACAUAGAAAUAUCUUCGUUCUGGGUCCCGCACAACUUUGUAAACUCUCGCAACGACGAUAUAGCUUGUACGACGUGACCGUCCUCACAGGACGACGAGGAUUUUACGCUCUCUAAAUGAGAAAGAAUCGCUCUCGAGAAAAACAGGAGAAAGUGAAACUUCUCAGUGACUCAAAAAAUCAAUUGCGUAUCUCGUGCUUUUGUCCGAAUACAUAAAUCCGUUGGUAAAUUUGAAUUUGUUUCGUUUUCUGAAAACUAAAAGAUAAAUUAAUUUUCAAGAAAGUAUAUUCAUGCAAAUUGUUCGGAAGGAUUCGUUAAACAACGCGCUUCUCAAGAGAUUUAUUUUAAUCCUUGGAGCAACGAUAGCAAACUAUUUCUGAAACUAUCUCUCUGUAUAUAAAAUAAUAUAUAUAGUCGAUUUUUCAAAUAUUAAUUAAAAA